AUAAUACACAAAAUCGUGCUGCCUACCGUCUUACUACAUUAGGCCUCAUCGUGCGCUCACACCAUGAAUGAACCCUUUUUAUACUUGCACCUCGACAGAGAGUGCCCUAUAAAGCUCACUCCACUUUAGCCAUAUAUUAUCUGCUACCUGCUCUCCCUCCUAUGCUCCCUCUCACUCUUCUGAUCUGAUGUACCACAGCCUACGCAGGGUUGAUUGUUGAGGCUCAGUCCAGUAGUGAGCCCUGCGGCAGUCAAACACUGCUCGUCUCGUGCAUACUCAACAUGGGCAAAGAUAACAAAACUGCGGACAGUGAUGCUGACACGGCAUUGGACUCAAGCUCACCCACUGAACAUGGGAACAAGCCGGCAAAGGGCUCACUUAUCGACUUCUUCCGUGUGUUCGGGUAUGCUACCUCUUUCGACUGGUUUUUACUCAGUCUAAUGGCUUUCACUUCCAUUGGCGCUGGUGCUGCGUUGCCUACCAUGUUUAUUGUAUUCGGACGUAUUGUGAACGGCCUCAAUCAAUAUGCCACAGAUAAUUCCUCGCCUCAGAGCUUUUACACUUCAAACAGCCAGAACUCACUCUACGUUGUUUACAUCUUUAUUGGCAAAUUCUUUUUGUCGUAUGCUUCGAUGUUCGCUGUUCGAGUGACUGGUCUACGCAUAUCAUCAGCUUUGCGGCUUGCAUACCUACAAGCCCUCUUCAAGCAACCUCUGAGUACAAUCGACAAACUUUCCAUCGGAAAAGUGUCCCAUCGGAUCACAGCCUCGACGAGCACGAUACAGCUCGGCAUUUCUCAACAGCUGGCAAUGCUGAUCCAGUCACUCUCAUUUCUCAUAAGCUUUGUAAUAGUGGGUUUUGUUUACAACCCUCUGCUCGCCAUCGUGGCUUGUGCAAGCCUUCCUGUCACUAUCAUCCUACAGUCAAUCACUGUUCCCAUCAUCCUCAAGCGACAUAAAGCAGCGGAAGAGGCUAAAGAGGAGGCUUCCGCUUUAGCCCAAGAAGUUUUCGCAUCUAUACGUGUUGUUGCUGCAUUCGGAGCAGAGGCCCUACUCUCAAAACGUCAUAAGGAGCUAAUUGACAGAGUCAUACUUAUUGGGAUCAGAAGAGCCCCGCUUGACGGACUUUACAUGUCUCCAACACUCUUUGGCACAUACGGUACAUCAGCCUUGACUUUCUAUUUUGGCAUUAAGCAGUUCUCUCGGGGUAAUGUAAGUAACAUUGGAGAAAUCGUCAUCGUAUACUUCUGUAUCAUGAUGGCAACUACGUCCUUCCAGAAGAUCGCAACUCCGAUACUCUAUGUAUCUCAAGCCUCUUCUGCGGCCGCCGAAAUGUUUGCGACAAUAAAAACACCUGUCCACGCUACUUCUGGAUUAAUAUAUCCUGAUAGCUCCGCACUUGAGGACAUCGCGUUCGAAAACGUAAAGUUUUCGUAUCCGAGUCGACCCGACGUGCAAAUCUUGAAAGGGUUGACCACAAGGUUCGAAGCUGGAAAGACAACCGCGAUCGUAGGCCCAUCUGGUUCUGGAAAAAGCACCAUAGUCGGACUCCUUGAAAGAUGGUAUACACUGCAGAAUUCGUCAGAUAGCGCGACCUCAUUGGUCCAAAAAGACUCCGACGAGAAAGGUUCCCAUGCAAAGGAGGGGGUGCCAUCAUCAUCAAGCGGUAUUAUCAACGUUGGUCAACAGAACAUCGAGGCACUGGAUCUGCAAUGGUGGCGAAGACAAAUUGGAUUCGUGCAGCAGGAGCCUUUUCUAUUCAAUGAUACAAUUAUCAAGAAUAUCUCCUACGGUCUAUGUGGAACGGAAUGGGCUGGGGCUGACUUGGCAACUCAGCGGAAAAUAGUGGAAGAUGCUUGCAAGCAGGCGCAUGCUCACGAUUUCAUAUCAGAGCUCCCUCAGGGUUACGACACAAUGGUAGGUGAAGGCGGAAUUAAGAUCAGUGGAGGUCAGCGACAACGCCUGGCAAUUGCUCGUGCUAUCGUUAAAAACCCUCCAAUCCUUAUACUUGACGAAGCAACCAGUGCAUUGGACGUCCACAGCGAACAAAUUGUACAAAAAGCUCUCGACGAUGUGUCGCAUAAUCGUACGACAAUCAUCAUCGCCCACAGGCUCUCCACUAUCAAGAAGGCCGAUAAGAUUGUGGUCAUGCGAAAUGGUCGAGUGAUUGAGGAAGGUACUCAUGAUGGAUUAGUUGCCAUGACAGACGGCUUCUACCAUUCACUUGUGUCCGCUCAAGGACUGGCCCUUGGUGAUGAUGGCAGGGAACGAUAUGACGAGUCUGAUCCUCCUGUGGACAGACUGCAAAGAAUGGUUUCACGUCAGAAGACCGAAGAUAUCAAUACUACAGAGAAGGAAAGUAAGCCCGUUGAAGCGAAUCACGUCGAUGUGGACAUUUUCAGGAGUUUCGGUAGGCUUCUGUAUGAACAGCGUCAUCGUUGGUGGAUCUACACGAUCUGUGGAAUUACAGCUUGCAUCAAUGGAGCCUCCUAUCCGCUGAUGGCAUACUUCUUCGCUAAAAUCAUCAAUGUCUUUUCGCUACCAAACCUAGGCGCGUUAGUUGACCGAGGCAACUUCUGGUCACUAAUGUUCUUCAUCAUGGCUAUCGUAGUCAUUUUCUCAUACGGUGGCCUGGCUUGGUCUGCCGUACACCUGUCAUGUACCGUAUCGAGCCAUUACCAACAAGAAUACUUUGAGAACCUUGUGCGGAAGCCUAUCGUGUUCUUUGAUGCCGAGGGGAGCUCUCCCGGGACCUUGACCUCGAAACUUGCAACUGAUCCUCAACAAAUGCAGUCCAUGAUGGGCGUGGAAAUGGCUGUGACUCUAGUCGGGAUCACUAGUAUUGUCGGAUCCAUCAUCAUCUCGUUUGCUCUUGGCUGGAAGCUUGCUUUGGUCGGCUGUCUUGCUGUCGUACCCGUCAUUCUUCUGGCCGGUGCCAUGCGUGUCAAGCUGGAGAUCCAGUUCGACAAGAUGAACUCGAAAGUCUUUGAAAGCAGUUCUCAAUUUGCGACUGAAGCCGUGGGGGCAUUCCGCACCGUCACAGCUUUGACUAUGGAAGAUACGAUCUGUGAUCGGUACUAUAUGCUGAUGAAUGAACAUGGGACGGCUGCCUUGAAAAAAGCUGUCUGGGGAACUUUGGUCUUCGCUCUAUCUGACAGCGUCGACAUCGCUUGCAAUGCCCUUGUCUUUUGGUAUGGCGGCAAGCUAGUUGCAGACGGUGAAUACAGCAUCUUCCAAUUUUUCGUGGUCUACAUGGCUGCCGUACAAAGCACCCAGGGCGCAGCCAUGUGGUUUGCCUUUUCACCAAACAUGGCCAGCGCAACCAGCGCUAGUAACCGUAUCAUCGGCUCCCGACCAUCCAAAACCAUCUCCCCCUCCUCAAAUGUCUCGCCCCAGCCCUCUUCCGGCGGCGCAGCCAUCGAGCUCUCCAAUGUCCGCUUCACCUACGACACCCGCUCUGACCCCGUGCUCAAAGGCCUCAGCCUCAGCAUACAAGCGGGCCAAUUCGCCGCCCUCGUCGGCGCGUCCGGCUGCGGCAAGUCGACCAUCAUAUCCCUCCUCGAACGCUUCUACGACAUCGACUCCGGCACCAUCACAUACGACGGCGUCGACAUCAGCACGCUCAACACGCGCGAGUACCGAGCAAACCUGGCACUUGUAGCGCAGGAGCCGACACUGUACGAAGGCACGAUUCGGGAUAACAUUGCGCUGUCAAUGGGCGAGACGGCCGCCGCUGACGAGGAUAUACACGAGGCGUGUCGCGAGGCGCAUAUUCACGAUUUCAUCACUUCUCUGCCGGAGGGAUACGCCACAAGGCUUGGUCCGAAGGGCAUCUCGCUGUCCGGCGGACAGAAGCAGCGGAUUACAUUGGCGCGGGCACUCCUGCGUAAGCCUAGGUUGCUUCUGCUUGAUGAGGCUACGUCGAGUCUGGAUUCGGAGAGCGAGAAGCAGGUCCAAGCAGCGAUUGAGCGCGCGGCUGGGAAGGGCCAGAGGACUAUCCUUGCUGUUGCGCAUCGGUUGGCGACGGUUCAGAACGCGGACGUGAUCUUUGUGUUGGGGACGGGUGGGAAGUUGGUCGAAAAGGGGAGCCAUGCGGAGUUGGUACGGGCAAGGGGGGUGUAUUUCCAGAUGUGCCAGGCUCAGGCGCUGGAUAGGUGAUGGAGACGCACUUUUUCAAAACAUUCUCUUCUCUCGGGCCUCUCACUCCUCUUGGCAUAUCAACACUGAGCUCUCCUCUCUUUGACGCAGUUCAUAGACAUACUUCACUCAUAGCCCUACCUGAGCGGGAUAUCCUCACUUGUAAUCUUAUUCAUCACAUCAAAAAUGAUAGAACCCUUAAUCCUCACUUUGAUACAUC